AUGCCACAUAAUGCAUAUUUUGCAGCUCGAGAUUAUACAAAACCAGCAAUUGAUCGCCGUAUUGCUGAAUUAUUAAAAAGAAGAGUUGGUAUAGAAGAACCUUUAGAAAGUUUACAAGAUUUACUUGCUAAAUAUAAAGAGAAACGAAAUGCAAGACAAGCAUUGCUUAAACCAACACAUAGACAUGUUUUGGAAGUUGCUGCUUUCAUUUUAAAUGUAAAUCCUGAUAUUUUAGAAGAAGGAAUUAUUGAUAAAGAUGAAUAUAAUGCAAUUCUUAUACACUUUCAACCAAUGGAACCACCUCCAUUUGACUCAGGACGGUGGUCUCCAUAUGAUGGACGUGAACAUGUAAUACGUUGCUGUGUUACUGAUGGUUCUACAGAACGAUUUUCUGGUAGAUGUGUCAUAGUUUAUAGAUUAAGAUCAGACAUUGAUUUUGAAACUAAACAUCUUCUUGAUGACACAUUUUAUGCAUAUGCAGAAGUUGAUCCUGUAUCUCAAAGUGCAUUAGCAGCUAUAUCAGAUUUGAUUUUAAGGCUAAAUUUGCCAGCAAUAAUUGUUAAUAAAGUGUGGGGCGAAUUAUCAAAAUCUGAACAUGCUGAAAAAGUGAUAAAUAAUUUUAUUUGUGAUUUUAGAGAUUUUUGGGAAUUUUUAAGCAAAAAAUAUAAAAAUAGUCUUACUAAUCCAGAAGCUAUUACAGCUAUAGAAAAGAAUGUUAAAUUAUGGAUGAAAAGUAUGGAACGGGCUGUUGUUCAAAGCCAACAAUUACGUAGGGAAACAGAAACAAUGGGACCAAAUGCAGAGCUUAGUUAUUGGAGGAGAUUGCUUGCUCGUUUUUCAUCAAUCAUUGAACAUAUAAAAGCUCCAUAUAGUCAGACAUUUAUAAAUUUUUUAACGAAUAUAAAAUCGAAACUUAUAAGAAAAUGGAAGAUACUGGAAGAUCAUGUUGAGACGAUACAAAUUCUUGCAGAAGAUAAUGUAAAAUAUUUAUACGCACUAGAAAAAUUUACACAACCUUUGUACAGACUCGAUCCAACAAAAAUGGGAGAAUAUUUGCCUCCGCUCAUGUAUGCUAUACGAAUGAUAUACGCUACUUCUCGAUUCUUUAAUACCAGACGAAUGGUCACUGCAGUUUUUGUUAAAGUAUUGUCGCAAAGACGUAGAAUGAAAAUUUUUUUUUUAUAUCACGCUUACAUUUUAUACAAUUUUAACAAUUUGACGAUAGAUUGUAUCACAUUGUGCGAUCAAUAUUACAAUUAUUACAACGAAAUGUGCAAAGAAGUGAAAGAAUCUGUCGAUGAGAAACCUUUCGAAGUGUCCGAAAUGUACGUUUUUGGAAAGUUUAAUACCUUCAAAAACAGGAUAAUAAAAAUUAUGGAUGUUUUACAAACAGCAUUAAAGUAUUUACUUCUUUAUAAUUCCGCGAUAGAGAAAAUAGACGUAUUUGCGAACAAGUUCUCCAGUUUUUUCUAUGAUAUCACAUCGAAAGAUUAUGAUCCGUUGAACCACAGAAAACCGUAUUUCGAUUCUGAUUACGAACAAUAUAAGAAAAACGUAGCAGAGACAAUAAUAGAAUUGAGAAACUUCUUUUAUAGCUGCGUAUCGGAAACGCCGAAUAUAGCUGAAGCGUUGAGAGUGGUAGCAAGAUUUCAGAAAUUGAAGUUCAAAGAAUUGAGAAUCGACAGGAAGUAUUUAGAACUCAUAUCAUUGUUUCAAAAAGAGAUCGAAGAUAUACGAGAUAGAUACAACGAAGACAGAUCAAAUACACCAAUACCACGAAACGUUCCGCCUAUUGCUGGCCGUAUUUUGUGGAUCCGCCAACUUUUCAGACGGAUUGAAACCUCUAUGGAGAUAUACAAAGAGUGUAAACGGGUGAUCAUUCACGAUCACAUGCAAAGGUGUAUCAGAAUUUACAAUGCUUUGAUCACUGUCUUCAUACACUAUGAAAUGAUAUAUCACAAAGCGUGGUACGACUCCUCAGAGAUUGUUCGAUUGGCAUUAGCUUCCCCUUUGAUAAUAAGGCAUCCUGACACGAAUAAGUAUCACUUAAACUUUGAUUCCUACAUUAUCGAAGUGAUACGUGAAUCAGAACACAUGGCUAGGUUUGAUUUGGAAGUGCCAGAUUUUAUACAAAUAAUAACGUUUUGCAGAGAUAAAAUUUUCUCGUCGUAUGAAACUGUGAAACAAUUGGUCAAAGAGAAUGAUACAUUGAGGUACACGAGAUUUAAUUUAUCUGGCACAAACAUAGCUAGUAUCACAGGAUCAUUCUUAUUGCUACAUUAUAAAAAAAAUAUUGGAACCAUCUUUCUGUCUCAUUUUUCAGACGAACGAUACCAUUAUUACAUGAAGGAAGCAAGAGUUGACGAAGUGUUCGAGUCUAUAUCAGAGGCAAUCUUGAUACAACUCUCUGACGAUCCAAAGCAUCCAAUUCAACUUUUAGACGACAAUAUUGCCCAUGGUCUUUCGGUGUCUGCUGAUCUUGAGAUUAAAUCGUCUGCGGCAGAAAAUGCGGUUAUUACAAUUAUAAACAAAUUCAUGCAAUUUGUAAUUGACGAGACUGUGCAAGAUAUUAAAUACAAUUGGCUCGAUCCGGAUAAAAUACACAAGCAUAUUUCACAAACGAAACUGACAAAAGGAAAAUACGAGCCAGGUUUCGCCCCCAUCGAAAGAACUCGUAAAGUUAAUAUAACCAAAGUGCACAAUGAUUGCAUGGAAUUAUUUGCAUAUUUUCAUAAUAAACUCAUAGAAGCUUUGGUGAAGUGUACAAAAAAUUCCUUGGAGAUAUUAAGAAAAAAAGUCACCGAGAUGAGGUCUUCAAUGUUGUUUAUAAUUUUAUACCAUUUGAGAAACGAUUUAAAUGAGGAUAAAAAGAAAUCGCCAAUACUUUUAACGACAUUCGUCUUACAAAUACCAAAUAUCAUGAUAGUACCCCCGAUAGAAGAGUUGCAAUUUUAUUUUGGAAAAUUAGUGGUCACCAUUGUUGAGAAUCAUAAAAAGAUUACGGCAUGGGGACAACGUGAUAUCAAUAGAGAGUUAAUAUCCAAUGAAAAUGGGAUGAAGAAUUACUAUCAACUUAUAUCUGAUCACAAAGAAAUAGUCAGAUGUGUAAUGAGCCUACAAGGUGCAAUUAUGACUAUAAAAGAAGAUAUUGAAGAUCUUUGUAAUUAUUAUUUGAAAUAUUCGUAUAUAUGGAGUGAAGAUAGGGAUCGGCUCGUACAAAGUUUCGUUGAUUCUGAACCUAUCACCCAAGUAAUCAAAGAAAAAUUCGUGGAAUAUGAAGAUUUAGUCGAUGAAAUCGAAAAUCUGCCAGAGUCACAUAUAGUUGGGCCUAUAAAAAUUAGCAUGGAGAAAUUGAAAUUAGGAUUUCUAGUUGAAGCGCGUGCAUGGAAGGCGUUAUUGGGUCAAAAGUUGUCUGCAACUUAUAAAGAGAAAUUAAAAAAGAUCACUGAAUACAUAAAUGAGAAAAAUAAAGUUCUAGUUAGAGUGAUAAAAGAUUUGGAGGAUGUGAGGAUCGCGAUGAAAUGUUUAAGCGAGAUACGAGAUGAUUUUAUAAUGUUGGACAUAGAAUUGAUCUUGAUCGAGGAAACGUACACGUUGAUGGGGAAAUUCAACAUUCCAAUUUCAAAAGAAGAACAAGACAUAGUGGACGGUUUACGAUACAAUUUUACAAACAUGUUGAACAUGGCGAAACAAGUUCAAGCAAAGAUAUGCGAAAUGCAAGAGCCAUUGAAAAAAGAACUGACGGACGGUGUUGCGAUAUUUAAACAAGAGGUGAUUGACUUUGAUCUUGAUUUUGAACUGAAUGGUCCAAUGGUUGAAGGAAUACCGGCCAAAGAAGCUAGUGAUAGGCUCAUAUUCUUUCAAGGCCGUCUUGAUGAGUUAUGGGAGAAGUUUGAGACUUACAGUAGCGGUGAAAGUUUAUUCGGCAUUGAGAUAACAGAUUAUCCACCUCUUCAUCAAAGAAAAAGAGAAAUUAAUUUGCUACAGAAAUUAUACACUUUGUACUUGCAAGUGAUACGAACGAUCGACAGUUACUAUGACAUACCUUGGGCCGAAAUCGAUAUCGAGGCUAUAGUAGCCGAAUUAGGCGAAUUUCAGAAUAGAUGUCGACGAUUACCCAAAGCUAUGAGAGAUUGGCCAGCUUACAUUGAUUUGAAGAAGAAGAUAGACGACUUUAACGAGACUUGUCCAUUGUUAGAGUUGAUGGCCAAUAAAGCGAUGCAACCAAGGCAUUGGGAAAGAAUGUCGAAAUUGUGCAAAUAUCAUUUCGACGUUGAAUCGGAAACUUUCACCCUGGCAUGCGUGAUGCAAGCACCUUUGUUGAAGUACAAAGAUGAAGUCGAGGAUAUAUGCAUUAGCGCAGUGAAAGAGCAAGAUAUAGAUAGUAAAUUGAAACAAAUAAUAGCAGAGUGGGCUAUUGUGGAUUUACAAUUUGCUCCUUUCAAACAAAGAGGAGAUUUAUUAUUGAAAGGUAUAGAAACGAUGGAGAUAAUAUCUCAAUUAGAGGACAGUUUGAUGAUCAUUAGUUCGCUUUUGGCAAAUCGAUAUAAUGCCCCUUUCAAAAAAGAUAUACAAUUGUGGCAAAGCAAACUUAGCAAUACCUCUGAAAUCCUAGCAAAAUGGUUAACUGUCCAGAAUUUAUGGGCUUACUUAGAAGCGGUAUUCAUUGGCGGAGAUAUAUCGAAACAACUUCCAGCAGAGGCGAAACGUUUCAAUAAUAUUGAUAAAUCGUGGGUAAAGAUUAUGUAUCGAGCACGUGAAAGAGUGAACGCUGUGGAAGUGUGCACAGGAGAUGAAACGAUGCAACAAUUUUUGCCACAUUUAUUGGAGCAGUUAGAAUCCUGUCAGAAAUCUCUCAGCGGAUACUUGGAAACGAAGCGAGGCAUAUUUCCAAGAUUUUGCUUCAUAUCAGAUCCUACGUUGUUGGAGAUACUUGGUCAAGCAGCUGAUUGUCACACUAUACAGAAAUAUCUUGAUGGUUUCUUUGACAAUAUAGGAAAGUUAGAGUUUCAUGAAAAAGAAUAUGAAAGAAUUGUGGCCAUGUAUUCUCGUGAAAAUGAGAAAGUUGUGUUGGAGAAAGACGUUGUGUGUACAGGGGGUGUAGAAAAUUGGUUGAACACUUUAUUAAUAGUUCACCAAUUUUCGGUAGGCAGUGUAAUUUCUCAAGGAUUGAUGACUCUUGCUAAUGAAGAUUUUGAUCUCAUAGUACUGAUAGACACUACUAUUUUACAAGUAGGAUUGUUGGCUCUGCAAGUGUUAUGGACUCGUGAUUCUGAAAUAGCUCUCACUACAGUAAAACGAGACAGAGGAAUAAUGAAGCGAACGAAUCAAUGGUUUCUAGACUUAUUGAACAGUCUCAUUGAAGUGACUGUCAAAGAUUUGACCAAAUAUGCGAGAUCGAAAUACGAAGCCUUAAUUACUAUUCAUGUGCAUCAAAGAGACAUAUUCGACGAUCUGUGCAUUCUCAGAAUUCGCAAUGUGAACGAUUUCGAAUGGUUGAAGCAGUGUAGAUAUUAUUAUAAUGCCGAGACGGAAGAAGUUCCUAUACAAAUCACAGACAUUGACUUUAUCUAUCAAAACGAGUUUCUAGGAUGUACCGACCGACUCGCCAUUACUCCUCUUACCGAUAGAUGUUACAUAACGUUAGCUCAAGCUGUGGGUAUGAAUUUCGGUGGUGCACCCGCGGGACCAGCCGGCACUGGUAAAACGGAAACCACAAAGGAUAUGGGGAAAGCACUUGGAAAAUACGUGGUGGUAUUUAAUUGCUCCGACCAAAUGGAUUUCCGCGGUCUGGGUAGAAUAUUUAAAGGAUUAGCCAUGUCUGGAUCCUGGGGCUGCUUCGACGAGUUUAAUCGUAUCGAUUUACCGGUUUUGUCGGUCGCUGCUCAGCAAAUAGCAAUCGUGCUCACUGCAAGAAAAGAAAGAAAAUUAAGUUUUCUUUUCAGCGAUGGUGAAAUAUACAAAUUAAACUAUGAGCUUGGAAUUUUUAUCACUAUGAAUCCCGGCUAUGCUGGUCGCCAAGAAUUGCCAGAAAAUUUAAAGAUACAAUUCAGAAGUGUAUCUAUGAUGGUUCCUGAUAGACAAAUAAUUAUGCGUGUGAAAUUGGCAGCUUGUGGUUUCAAAGAAAACGUUAUGCUGGCGCGAAAGUUUUUCACUCUGUACAAACUGUGCGAGGAGCAAUUGAGCAAGCAAGUACAUUACGAUUUCGGUUUAAGAAAUAUAUUAUCUUGCUUGAGAACUCUUGGCGCACAGAAACGAGCGAAUCCCACCGAUUCCGAAGAAACCACCUUGAUGAGAGUUUUGAGAGAUAUGAAUCUGUCAAAAUUGGUUGACGAAGACGAACCUUUAUUUAUGUCCCUCAUCGAAGAUAUGUUCCCAGGAAUAAAGCUGAGGGUUCAGGUAUACAAAGAAUUGCAGAAGGCGAUCGCGAAUGCAACUGUUGCACUUGGUGUAAUGAAUAAUCCCGAAUGGAAUUUGAAGACGGUCCAACUUUACGAAACUUCCCUGGUACGCCAUGGUUUAAUGGUGCUUGGUCCAACAGGAUCUGGAAAAACUAUGUGUAUGUGGGCGCUUAUGAAAGCUUUAACAGAGAUGGGUAUGCCUCAUAAAGAAGUCAGAAUGAAUCCUAAAGCCAUAACCGCUUCUCAAAUGUUCGGCAAAUUGGACGUGGCGACGAAUGAUUGGACGGACGGUAUUUUCUCAAUAAUAUGGAGAAGAUCGACGCAGACCAAGAAAACGGAAAAUUUAUGGAUGGUUUUGGACGGUCCUGUGGACGCUGUAUGGAUCGAGAAUUUAAACUCCGUGCUGGAUGAUAAUAAGACGCUGACUCUAGCGAAUGGCGAUCGCAUAAUCAUGGCGCCGAACACUAAAUUGGUCUUUGAACCAGAUAAUGUCGAUAAUGCAUCGCCAGCCACGAUAUCCCGUAUGGGUAUGGUGUUCAUAAGUGCUUCCGUACUCAAAUGGUAUACCAUUCUGCAGGGAUGGUUCAAGAAACAGCCACCUGCAUUGGUAGAGAUAUUGAAUAAUUUAUUCAAUAAAAUCUACAAUGACGCUCAUUUAUUCGUCCAAACGAGGCUUCCUGUAAAAAUGGCUAUUUUGGAAGCUAUGUACAUAAGACAAUGUAUCGACCUAUUGGAUGGCUUGCUUUUUGUAAAUAAAGAUAAAAUACUUCCUGAUUACCACGUGGAAAAGAUAUUCCUUUUCUCCCUUAUGUGGACCUUAAGUGCUGCAUUGGAAAUAGAAGAACGUAAUCAAUUGCAAGAAUUUGUUCUUCUGCACGAAUCCAAGUGUCAUUGGCCAAUAUGCCACGAGGAUGAGACCAUUUUUGAAUAUUUGGUAUCAGAUGAUGGACAAUGGAUACAUUGGUCUGAAAAAGUUCCACAAUUCAUUUAUCCACCGCAUGAAGUUAUCAAAUACUAUACUAUCCUUGUUCCUAACGUAGACAAUACAAGAACCAUGUUUCUGGUUGAAACAAUUGCAAAACAAGGAAAAGCAGUGUUGCUCAUAGGAGAGCAAGGUACUGCAAAAACAGUCAUAAUCAAAAGUUACAUGUCCCAUUAUAAUCCAGAAGUGCAUCUGUGCAAAUCCUUCAGUUUUUCUUCCGCAUCCACUCCUAAUAUGGUUCAGAGGGUUUUCGAAAGUUAUGUGGAGAAAAGAGUGGGAACCACUUAUGGUCCUCCGGGUGGGCGAAAAAUGAGUAUUUUCAUCGACGAUAUAAACAUGCCAGAAAUAAACGAAUGGGGGGAUCAAAUUACAAAUGAGAUAGUCCGUCAAUUGAUGGAGUAUGGAGGUUUUUAUUCUUUGGAUAAACCUGGUGACUUCUCUACUAUACAAGAUAUCCAAAUGCUCGCCGCCAUGAUUCAUCCAGGCGGGGGUAGAAAUGAUAUACCACCAAGAUUGAAGAGACAAUUUAAUAUUUUUAACUGUACAUUGCCAUCGAAUAAAUCCAUGGAUACGAUUUUUAGAAGCAUUGGAGAAGGAUACUUCUCCAUUACCAGAUUCAGUGAAGAUAUAGUGGAAUUCCUGCCAAAAUUGAUACCUCUGACAAGAGUCUUAUGGCAACAGACUAAGAUAAAAAUGUUACCUACACCGGCAAAAUUCCAUUACGUUUUUAAUCUGAGAGAUUUAUCUCGAAUUUGGGAAGGUAUUCUUAGAAUUGAGAGAGCCGAAUGCGAUUCUAAGACCAGAUUAUUAAAACUCUGGGAACACGAGUGUAUUCGUGUAAUUUCGGAUAGAUUUACGAAUGAGGAGGAUACUACGUGGUUCGUGAAUACAUUAAGACGAACAGCUGAGAAGAUGUUAGGUCCCGAUUUUAUUUUCUAUGAACCCGUAGAAACGUAUUUUGUGAAUUUCCUACGUGAACCACCGGAACCUACCGGAGACGAGCCAGAAGAUUUUGUUUUCGAGGCGCCAAAAAUUUAUGAAGAAAUGCCAAGUUUUGAAUUUGUGAUCGGAAAGGUCCGACAAAAUAUGGAACAAUUCAACGAAUACAUUCGGGGAUUAACUCUUGAUUUGGUAUUCUUCCAUGAUGCUUUGGUACAUUUGAUGCGAAUAUCGAGAAUCCUGGGUGUUCCUCGAAGCAAUGCGAUGUUAGUGGGAGUUGGAGGAUCAGGCAAACAAAGUCUCACACGUCUUGCCGCUUUCAUUGCCGGUUUUAACUUUUUCCAAAUUAUAUUAACCAGGAUUUAUAAUGUCCCAAGUUUAUUGGAAGACAUAAGAAAAGUGUAUCAUGCAGCUGGUACAGGAAACAAAGGACAAACAUUUAUAUUUACCGAUAAUGAAAUAAAAGAGGAAGCUUUCCUGGAAUACAUUAACAAUAUAUUGAGCGUUGGAGAAAUUGCAGGUCUAUUUCCAGCUGAUGAAAUGGAUGACAUCCGAACGACAGUGACUCCUAUGAUGAAGCGUGAUGAUCCAAAGCGACCACCAACUCCUGAUAAUCUUUAUGAUUAUUUUUUGACACGUGCAAAGGAUAAUCUGCAUAUGGUUUUGUGCUUUUCACCAGUUGGUGAAAAAUUCAGGACUCGUUCAUUAAAAUUCCCUGGUCUUAUAUCUGGUUGUACGCUAAAUUGGUUCUGGAAAUGGCCCAUUGAUGCUUUAUACGCUGUCAGUGAUCAUUUCCUAGAAGGAUAUAAAAUUAUAGCUACUCCAGAAACAAAACAACAAUUGGUAGAAGUUAUGGGAGAUAUGCACAAUUAUAUAAAUGAUAUGUGUGUGCAAUACUUUGAUAGAUUUAGAAGACAAGUGUACGUCACUCCAAAAUCAUUCUUAACAUUUCUAAGUGGAUAUAAAACACUUUAUAAGCAACGUUUGGAUAAUAUUAACACUCUUGCAUUUCGUAUGAGCAGCGGUUUAAGUAAGUUGGUCGAUGCUGCGGCUCAAGUUGACGAGUUACGUAAAGUCCUUGAGAAAAAUCAGCAGGAGAUCGCCGAGAAAAAUGUGCAAGUCGAAGCUAUUUUAAUUACUGUAAAUCAAAAGAAGAAAGAAGCAGAAACGGUAAAGGCACAAGUGCAAGUUUCUAAGGAUGAGGCAGAAACUAUUUUGAAAUCAAUUGCAAAAGAUAAAGCGGUAGCGGAACAAAAAUUGAAAGCUGCUGAGCCUGCUUUAUUGGCAGCAGAAGCUGCCUUGCAAACUAUAAAAGCUGCAGAUAUUGCUACAGUGAGAAAAUUAGGAAAACCACCAUAUCUGAUUACCCUUAUCAUGGAUUGUGUGAUAAUAUUGUUUGGAAGAAAAUUGGAUCCCGUUAAACCUGAUUAUGAUCAUCAAUUUUUGAGCCCUUCGUGGACUGAAGCAUUAAAGAUGAUGGCCGAUGUUAGAUUUCUGUACAAUUUGCAACAUUUCCCAAAGGAUAACAUCAACGCUGAAACUAUCGAUUUAAUGCAACCAUACUUGAAUUAUCAUUUAUACACGUACGAAGCUGCAUUGCAAGCUUGCGGAAAUGUAGCUGGUCUCAUUCAAUGGACCAUUUCUAUGGUUACCUUUUAUGGGAUAAAUAAAGAUGUUCUUCCUUUAAAAGCAAAUUUGGCAGUGCAAGAGAGCAAAUAUGAAAAAGCAAAUAGAAAUCUAAUGGAAGCUGAAAAUCUUUUAAGAGAAAAAGACGAAGACUUGAAAGUCGUACAGAGGGAGUUCGAUGCCGUGAUGGAAGAACGCCAAAAAAUAAUUGAUCUAGCCGAAAUUUGCCAAGCAAAAACGGAUACCGCUACAGCAAUGAUAGAAGGCCUUUCUGGCGAAAGAAUAAGAUGGACGGAGCAAUUGGCCGCGUUUAAGUCGGAAACUGAUCGUUUGGUUGGCGAUAUAUUAAUCCUAAUGGGUUUCUUAUCAUAUUGUGGACCAUUCAAUCAAGAAUUCAGAACCUUGGUGCAAAGACAGUGGUUUGAAUUUAUCCAGAAUCGAAAAAUUCCAAUUUCUCUUGUGAUAAAUAUUACAGCCAGCUUGAUCGAUACUGCUACCAUUGGAGAAUGGAAUUUGCAAGGUCUUCCGACGGAUGAUUUAUCUGUUCAAAAUGGAAUUAUAGUAACACAAGCAAAUAGAUAUCCUCUUUUAAUUGAUCCACAAUUGCAAGGUAAAGCUUGGAUCAGGAAAAAGGAGGCAGAAUUUUAUUUACAGCCCACGUUUCUUACACACAAAUAUUUUAGAAAUCACUUGGAAGAUUGUGUUUCUUUGGGUCGUCCAUUGUUGAUCGAAGAUGUAGGAGAGGAGUUGGAUCCCGUUUUAGAUAAUUUGUUGGAACAUAAUUUUAUAAAAAUAGGAACUACUUUGAAGGUAAAAUUAGGUGAUAAAGAAGUGGAUAUUCAUAAAGACUUUAGACUUUACAUCACUACAAAAUUACCGAAUCCAGCGUAUACACCAGAAAUAUUUGCACGUGCUGCUAUAAUUGAUUUUACGGUCACUAUAAAAGGAUUAGAAGAUCAAUUAUUGGGAAGAGUUAUUUUAACAGAGAAAAGAGAACUAGAAACAGAAAAAACACAAUUAAUAGCAGAUGUAACUGCAAACAAUAGAAAGAUCAAAGAAUUGGAAGCCAAUCUUUUGCAUAAAUUGACCACCGUAGAAGGGCCUUUAAUAGAAGAUGUAGAAUUAAUGUCUGUUUUAAAUAUAACUAAACAAACUGCAGCUGAGAUCAAUGAAAAAUUAAGUAUCGCUAAAGAUACAGAAUUAAGAAUUGAUACAGCACGUGAAGAAUUUCGGCCAGUCGCGACACGUGGAAGUGUUUUAUACUUUUUAAUUUGCGAUAUGUCUUUAGUCAAUUGCAUGUAUCAAACAUCACUUGUCCAGUUCUUGGAACGUUUCGAUCUUUCUAUGGAAAGAUCUGAAAAGAGUCCAGUUACUCAAAGAAGAAUCAAUUUUAUCAUCGAUUAUCUCACCUUUGAAAUUUUUAAAUAUAAAGCAAGGGGUCUUUAUGAGAUUCAUAAAUAUAUGUACAUUUUAUUAAUGACGUUGAAGAUUGAUUUACAGCGGGAUGUUAUUAAUCAUGAAGAAUUUCAAUAUUUCAUAAAAGGUGGUGCAGCCUUGGAUUUGAAUACUGUUGCGCCAAAACCUUGCAAAUGGAUUACCGAUAUGACUUGGCUUAAUUUAAUCGCAUUAUCUUCUUUAAGACACUUUCAAUACAUUCCUUCUCAAAUACCAGCAUCUGAAAAACAAUGGAAACAAUGGUUUGAUAAACCUACUCCAGAAGAAGAAGUAAUACCAAAUGGCUAUAACAAUUUAGAUACUUUUCGUCGUUUAUUGUUAAUUAGAGCAUGGUGUUUAGAUAGAACUCUACCACAAUCACGAAAAUAUAUAUCAAGUUCUUUGGGAGAAAGAUAUGCAGAACCUGUAAUUACACUUUUUGAUGUAAUGCAUAGUGAAUCAAGACCAAACACUCCAAUGAUUUGUUUUCUAAGUAUGGGAUCCGAUCCUACACCUGCUAUAGAACAUCUUGCUAAGAAACUAGAGAUUAAAUGUAAAAGUAUCUCAAUGGGACAAGGACAAGAAGUCCAUGCAAGAAGAUUACUUCAAACUGCAAAAACUGAAGGUUUCUGGGCAUUAUGUCAAAAUUGUCAUUUGGGUUUGGAAUAUAUGCUUGAAUUAGUUAACUUCCUUUUGGAAAUGGAGGAUUCACAUCCUGAUUUUCGUAUAUGGAUCACCACAGAACCGCAUAAAAAUUUUCCAAUAUCUCUUUUACAAAUGUCUAUAAAAUUUACUUAUGAACCUCCACGAGGAAUAAGAGCAGGUUUGCUUGCUACAUAUAGUGGAAUGCAUCAAGAAAUGUUAGAUCAAUGUGAUGCUUGGCAAUACAUACCAAUUAUAUAUACAAUAUCAUUUUUGCAUACUGUUGUACAAGAAAGAAGAAAAUUUGGUCCCCUUGGUUGGAAUAUACCAUAUGAAUUUAAUAUGUCUGAUUGGUUGGCAUCCUGUAUAUUUAUUAACAAUUAUUUAAAUGAGUUUGAUAUAAAACUAGGAAUUAGUUGGCAUACUGUAAGAUAUAUGAUAGCAGAAGUGCAAUAUGGAGGACGUGUCACAGAUGACUAUGAUAAAAGAUUGUUGAAUACAUUUACUAAACUAUGGUUUUUUGAUACUAUUUUUACAGAAGAAUUUCAAUUUUAUAAAGGAUAUUCAGUCUUAACUUAUAAGACUGUACAAGAAUAUUUAAAAGUAAUUGAUGAAAUGAAUACUGUAGAUCCACCACAAGUUUAUGGUUUGCAUGCUAAUGCAAAUAUUACAUAUAUGGCUAAUACUACACAAGCUGUUUUAGAUAAUAUAUUAUUUGUACAACCAAAAGAAGCAGGUGUAGUUGGUGCUGAAACCAGGGAAGUAGUUGUAGCCAGACAAGUAAAUGAAAUGUUAAAAAAAUUACCAUCAAGUUAUGAUCCAUAUGAAGUAAAACAAAGAUGUCAAAUAUUAGGAGCCACUGCACCAAUGACUAUUUUUUUGAGACAAGAAAUUGAUAGAAUACAAGUAGUUAUUAAAUUAGUGGAUGCUAUGUUGAAAGAUCUUUUACUUGCCAUAGAAGGUGUUAUCAUAAUGUGUGAAGAACUAAGAGAUGCUCUUGAUAAUAUAUAUGAUGCUAAAGUACCAAAGAUAUGGAGAGUAAAAUCAUGGGAGUCUGCUUCUCUUGGUUUUUGGUUUACUGAACUAUUAGAAAGAAAUAGACAAUUUUCUUCUUGGUUAUUUACUGGUAGACCAGCAAAAUUUUGGAUGACUGGAUUUUUUAAUCCUCAAGGAUUUUUGACUGCAAUGAAGCAAGAAGUAACAAGAGCUCAUAAAGGAUGGGCUUUAGAUAAUGUAACUUUACAUAAUGAAGUUUUACGUUAUACAGCAGAAGAAAUAAAAGCUCCACCUGCAGAAGGAGUUUUUGUAUAUGGACUAUUUCUUGAAGGAGCUGGAUGGGAUAAAAGGAAUAAUAGGUUGUGUGAAUCAGCAAGUAAAAUUCUAUUUGUAUUAAUGCCUGUUAUUCAUAUUUUUGCUUUAUAUAAUGUUCCUGAUAAAGAUCCAAAAUUAUAUCAGUGCCCAGUAUAUAAAAAGCCACAAAGAACAUAUGUAUUAUUAAUAACACCAUUGUGGUUACAAACAAUUAGAUCUCCGGAUUUUUGGAUUUUACGUGGAGUUGCAUUAUUAUGCGAUAUUAAAUGA